AAACUCAAACCACCCUUAUAAAAACUUCAAGUUGUGAAGAGGAAGAGGAAGAAGAAGAAGAAGAGUAAAGGUUGAGACUUUGAAGAAAAAGCCAUACGUACAUCACAAAAAGGCCAAGGUAAAAAGCACACAUUUAUGAGCUCAACCACCAUGGAAAUCCAUAAAAGAGAUACUGAGCCUGAUUUCAACUUGAGAGAAUGGGGCCUGAAGGCUAAAAUGGUCAGUAGAGAAAACACACUUUCAAGAAGGUUUUCAGCACCAAGCUUCAGGAGAAGUUUCAGAGAAGACCCAAAUAAGUCUUUCAGAUCCAAUAUAACCAUUUCUAGCACUGCUUCUUCUCCUGGUUACACCUUAAAAGAGGAAAUUGACCCUUCAACAUACUCAUUCACUGCUGCUCUCAAAGCAUUGCAGGCAAGAUCAGCAUAUGGCUGGGAGUGCCUAUCACCAGAUGGUUUUGCUUUGAAUUCCAAGUGGAAUGAGGCUGAGAAGUACAUUUGCAACCCACUCUCAGGAGAAGUCCCAUUGGAGUGUUUAUCUGCCAAAACACUCAGUGGGAGGUCUUUCUGCAGCUUAGCAGCUGGCAGGAUUACCAUGUCUGCCCCUCUCAUUUACCCUUCUCACUCAAGGCUGGUCGUUCACUCAAAGACUUCUCUCCCCUCACAUGAAAUUGAAGCCCACUUUCCAAUCGAAGUGGCAGAGAAGAAAGUGUGCAGCAAGACCAGAGAUGUGGGAACCCAAAGCACACCACCACCUGAGCUCAGCUGCUGCAGCUCUCGAUCAAGCAGUCCCAGCCCUGCCCCCACUCCUUCAGUUGAAGAGAGGUCCAUAAAGAGAGAUGAGGCUGAAAUAGACGACUCACCCACCAGUACCAAUUUGGAAAAACUCAUCAACUUUGGUGAAAAGGUUGAAGUGAAAGAAACAAUACCAGAGAAAGAAGCAGCAAAAGGAGAGGAGGAAAUGGUUGAUAUGAGGAAAAAAGGAAAGCAAAUGUGCAUGUGCAGGCAAGGUGGGUGCUUACCAUGGAGGGGUUUGUGGAUGAGAAAAAGGAAGAGGGAGAAACACAAACCAAGAAAGAAGAAUAUGUUUUUUCACCAUAUCAAUGGAAUUCUAAACAAAUCAGCUAGCUAGC